CCAAAUUCCAACCAGCCAAUAGAAAAGAGCACUAAAGUGACGCAUCCAGCCCUCAGCUGUUUUUGUUUUUGUCUGCCUCCUGUUAACUCUAGAAGUUAGGGUUAAAACAGAAUUACAAGCGCCGUGUUCUAAAAUAGAAGAAACAAAUAAUAAUUUUAGUUUCAGGAUUCAAGCCAUCAAUUUCCAAUUUGUAUAGCAUGUAUUACAUUGUAAUAACUAAUCUCAAGCGCAUACGUGUGUAGAGGAGCUGGGUUUCGGAGUGAUCGAUCCGAACACAGGCCACUGAACUAGGGCAGUGGAGCAGGACAGGAUAAUCACUGUGGACGAGAUGGAGGAACGGGAGACACCCGACGGUCCGGGAGGGCCUCAAGGCUUGAUCAGCGCCUCGUUCAACCAGGACACCACAUCUCUAUCAGUGGGCACUAAGUCAGGCUACAGACUCUUCUCUGUCACCUCAGUGGACAAGAUGGACUGCAUCCACGAAGGAGCGGAGUGUCCAGACGUGUACAUCGUGGAGCGGUUGUUCUCCAGCAGUCUGGUGGCGGUGGUCAGUCUCUCCAUGCCCCGACGUAUGAACGUCUACCACUUCAAAAGGGGAACAGAGAUCUGCAACUAUAGCUACUCUAACAACAUCCUCUCAGUCCGGCUCAACAGACAGAGGCUGGUGGUGUGUCUGGAGGAGUCAGUCUACAUCCACAACAUCAAAGACAUGAAGCUGCUGAAGACGCUGCUCAACACGCCCCACAACCCCUCAGGUCUCUGUGCCCUCUCUGUGAACCAUGGUAACUCCUACCUGGCGUACCCUGGCAGUCAAACCAUCGGAGAGAUCAUGGUCUAUGACACCAACAACCUGAGCAAGGUGACGAUGAUCCCAGCCCAUGACAGUCCCCUGGCAGCCCUCACAUUCAACGCUUCAGGAACCAAACUCGCCAGUGCCUCCGAGAGGGGUACAGUGAUCAGAGUGUUCACCAUCCCAGAGGGACAGAGGCUGUUUGAGUUCCGUAGAGGGAUGAAGAGGUAUGUGAGUAUCAGCUCGUUGUCCUUUAGUUCAGAUGCACAGUUCCUCUGUGCCUCCAGCAACACAGAGACGGUCCAUAUCUUCAAACUGGAACAGCACAGCCCCAGUCGAGAUGGCGAGUCUCCUACGUGGGGUGCCUACGUGGGGAAGAUGUUCACAGCAGCCAGCACCUACCUUCCCUCCCAGGUCUCUGACAUGAUGCACCAAGACCGGGCCUUUGCCACCGUACGACUCAACAUGUUCGGACUCAAGAACGUAUGCGCCUUGUCCACGGUUCAGAAGCUACCUCGGCUGCUGGUGGCAUCAUCAGAUGGACAUCUCUACAUCUAUAACAUUGACCCACAGGACGGAGGAGAGUGUGUUCUGGUCAGGAAACACAGGCUAUUUGAAGGAGAUGAGGCGCCACAGGAAGCACAACAGGAAGAGAAGGAGUCAGAGGAUGGAAGGUCCCUCCCACCGUCAACCAGCCCAUCAUACGCUGCCACUGUGUCCCUCCCCUCGACUGCACCCUCUUCUACCACUCUCACAGGCUACUCAGAGGAUGGAGGGGCUGAGAAAGGGGAUGUGAUCCCUGAACAUGAGUUUGCAGAGGGACCCGUCUGUCUGGAUGAUGAGAAUGAGUUUCCUCCCGUCAUCAAACAGACCAACUGACCCACCACUUCCCUGGAACCAAUCAACUGGAGCCAUUCACGCAAGAAGGAAGUAUAUCAGUGUUAAGAGAACCCCCCACCCCAUGUCCCCACCGAUCAAAUGGGAGAAAUGUAGAUGCCACAGUGUUGAUUGGUUACUCUAAUGUGCCAUUCAGAAGUAGAGUGUGGCUAGAUAGUGGACCCGUCUCUGUACAUUGUCUUAUACCUGGAACUAAAGGUCAGUAUGAAUACAAUUUAAAUCCAUUUCCUAACUAUCAGAAGGGAAGCAGGUCUGGGCUAUGAAUUUGUAGCCUUCCUCUAGUCUAAUAUUAACCAAUAUUUAACCUGGUUAAAAAUGGACUUUAAUAUUGAAUUGCAAUCAUAUAUUGAGAAGUGCUCUUUACUUUUAUAACCUGUUUAGUAUCAUUUAGUGAUUUAUAACACUGACUGGAUAGUGGGGUCCGAGUCGUACUCUGCUGCUUGAUGCAGAUUGGCUAGAACCCAGUGUAGGGUGGAAGAGGGCAGAGAGGGGCACAGGCAGAGUGCGUCUUAUCAGUGGGCUAUAGCUGUGCCACACCCCGAGAGAGAAGAGGGUGAGAGAAAGAGAGGGGAUGGUGGAAUAGAGAAGGAGAGAGAUGGCGUUCUAUCAUAUGUCUUGAGGUGAUGUUUUUGAACUUAUCUCUAGAAAAAAGGUGGGAGGAAUAAUAAAAUACUGAUAAUGUGAAAAAGUUGAUUAAUAGUAUUGUAGAUCCUUACAGGUCCUUUUAUUUCACUGAUAAAAUUAUUAACACCAUUGACUAAAUAAUGUUGAAUAUUGUAAAAUUUCAGACAUGACGUAGAUGUUUUUAUUUGUAAAAAAUAAUGUUGACUUGUACUAAAUAUUAUUUUGGAAUAUGAAAUUACAAUUAUUAAUCAAUGCAUUAGACCUACGGUAAUUAAGUGAAGGUCUUGGCGGAAAGUAGAUUUUUAUUGUUUGUGUAUAAUGUGUAUGUAUAUAUUAUAUGUGUAUAUGUGUGUGUGUGUAUAUAUAUACAGUUGAAGUCGAAAGUUUACAAACACUUAGGUCGGAGUCAUUAAAACUUGUUUUUCAACCACUCCACAAAUUUCUUGUUAACAAACUAUAGUUUUGGCAAGUCGGCUAGGACAUCUACUUUGUGCAUGACAAGUUAUUUUUCCAACAAUUGUUUAGACAGAUUAUUUCACUUAUAUUUCACUGUAUCACAAUUCCAGUGGGUCAGAAGUUUACAUACACUAAGUUGACUGUGCCUUUAAAUAGCUUGGAAAAUUGCAGAAAAAUAUGUCAUGGCUUUAGAAGCUUCUGAUGGGCUAAUUGACAUCAUUUGAGUCAAUUGGAGGUGUACUUGUGGGUGUAUUUCAAGGCCUACCUUCAAACUCAGUGCCUCUUUGCUUGACAUCAUGGGAAAAUCAAAAGAAAUCCGCCAAGACCUCAGAAAAAAUAUUGAAGACCUCCACAAGUCUGGUUCAUCCAUGGGGAGCAAUUUCCAAAUGCCUGAAGGUACCACGUUCAUCUGUACAAACAAUAGUAUGCAAGUAUAAACACCAUGGGAACACGCAGCUGUCAUACUACUCAGGAAGGAGAAGCGUUCUGUCUUCUAGAGAUGAAUGUACUUUGGUGCGAAUAGUGCAAAUCAAUCCCAGAACAACAGCAAAGGACCUUGUGAAGAUGCUGGAGGAAACCGUUACAAAAGUAUCUAUAUCCACAGUAAAACGAUUCCGAAUCGACAUUACCUGAAAGGCCGCUCAGCAAGGAAGAAGCCACUGCUCCAAACCCGCCAUAAAAAAGCCAGACUACGGUUUGCAAAUGCACAUGGGGACAAAGAUCGUACUUUUUGGAGAAAUGUCCUCUGGUCUGAUGAAACAAAAAUAGAACUGUUUGGCCAUAAUGACCAUUGUUAUGUUUGGAGGACGAAGGGGGAGGAUUGCAAGCCGAAGAACACCAUCCCAACCGUGAAGCAUGGGGGUGGCAGCAUCAUGUUGUGGGGGUGCUUUGCUGCAGGAGGGGCUGGUACACUAAACAAAAUCGAUGGCAUCAUGAGGUAGGAAAAUUAUGUGGAAAUAUUGAAGCAACAUCUGAAGAUAGUCAGGAAGUUAAAACUUGGUUGCAAAUGCCUCUUCCAAAUGGACAAUGACCCCAAGCAUACUUCCAAAGUUGUGGCAAAAUGGCUUAAGGACAACAAAGUCAAGGUAUUGGAGUGGCCAUCACAAAGCCCUGACCUCAAUCCUAUAGAAAAUUUGUGGGCAGAACUGAAAAAGCGUGUGCGAGCAAGGAGGCCUACAAACAAUGACUCAGUUUCACCAGCUCUGUCAGGAGGAAUGGGCCAAAAUUCACCCAACUUAUUGUGGGAAGCUUGUGGAAGGAUACCCGAAAUGUUUGACCAAAGUUAAACAAUUUAAAGGCAAUGCUACCAAAUACUAAUUAAGUGUAUGUACAUUUCUGACCCAUUGGGAAAUAAAUCAUUCUCUCUACUAUUAUUCUGACAUUUCACAUUCUUAAAAUAAAGUGGUGAUUCUAAGACAUGGAAUUUUUACUAGGAUUAAAUGUCAGGAAUUGUGAAAAACUGAGUUUAAAUGUAUUUGGCUAAGGUGUAUGUAAAUUUCCGACUUCAACUGUACGCAUGUAUGUAUGUAUAUAUAUAUAUAUACAGUGCCUUGCGAAAGUAUUUGGCCCCCUUGAACUUUGCGACCUUUUGCCACAUUUCAGGCUUCAAACAUAAAGAUAUAAAACUGUAUUUUUUUGUGAAGAAUCAACAACAAGUGGGACACAAUCAUGAAGUGGAACAACAUUUAUUGGAUAUUUAAAACUUUUUUAACAAAUCAAAAACUGAAAAAUUGGACGUGCAAAAUGAUUCAGCCCCUUUACUUUCAGUGCAGCAUACUCUCUCCAGAAGUUCAGUGAGGAUCUCUGAAUGAUCCAAUGUUGACCUAAAUGACUAAUGAUGAUAAAUACAAUCCACCUGUGUGUAAUCAAGUCUCCGUAUAAAUGCACCUGCACUGUGAUAGUCUCAGAGGUUCGUUAAAAGCGCAGAGAGCAUCAUGAAGAACAAGGAACACACCGGGCAGGUCCGAGAUACUGUUGUGAAGAAGUUUAAAGCCGGAUUUGGAUACAAAAAUAUUUCCCAAGCUUUAAACAUCCCAAGGAGCACUGUGCAAGCGAUAAUAUUGAAAUGGAAGGAGUAUCAGACCACUGCAAAUCUACCAAGACCUGGCCGUCCCUCUAAACUUUCAGCUCAUACAAGGAGAAGACUGAUCAGAGAUGCAGCCAAGAGGCACAUGAUCACUCUGGAUGAACUGCAGAGAUCUACAGCUGAGGUGGGAGACUCUGUCCAUAGGACAACAAUCAGUCUUAUAUUGCACAAAUCUGGCCUUUAUGGAAGAGUGGCAAGAAGAAAGCCAUUUCUUAAGAUAUCCAUAAAAAGUGUUGUUUAAAGUUUUCCACAAGCCACCUGGGAGACACACCAAACAUGUGGAAGAAGGUGCUCUGGUCAGAUGAAACCAAAAUGGAACUUUUUGGCAACAAUGCAAAACGUUAUGUUUGGCGUAAAAGCAACACAGCCCAUCACCCUGAACCCACCAUCCCCACUGUCAAACACAGUGGUGGCAGCAUCAUGGUUUGGGCCUGCUUUUCUUCAGCAGGGACAGGGAAGAUUGUUAAAUGUGAUGGGAAGAUGGAUGGAGCCAAAUACAGGACCAUUCUGGAAGAAAACCUGAUGGAGUCUGGGACGGAGAUUUGUCUUCCAACAAGACAAUGAUCCAAAACAUAAAGCAAAAUCUACAAUGGAAUGGUUAAAAAAUAAACAUAUCCAGGUGUUAGAAUGGCCAAGUCAAUGUCCAGACCUGAAUCCAAUCGAGAAUCUGUGGAAAGAACUGAAAACUGCUGUUCACAAAUGCUCUCCAUCCAACCUCACUGAACUCAAGCUGUUUUGCAAGGAGGAAUGGGAAAAAAUUUCAGUUUCUCGAUGUGCAAAACUGAUAGAGACAUACCCCAAGCGACUUACAGCUGUAAUCACAGCAAAAGGUGGCGCUACAAAGUAUUAACUUAAGGGGGCUGAAUAAUUUUGCACGCCCAAUUUGUCAGUUUUUGAUUUUUUUGAUUCGUUAAAAAAGUUUGAAAUAUCCAAUAAAUGUCGUUCCACUUCAUAAUUGUGUCCCACUUGUUGUUGAUUCUUCACAAAAAAAUACAGUUUUAUAUCUUUAUGUUUGAAGCCUGAAAUGUGGCAAAAGGUCGCAAAGUUCAAGGGGGACGAAUACUUUCGCAAGGCACUGUAUAUACACACACAUGUAUAUAUACAGUGGGGAGAUCAAGUAUUUGAAACACUGCCGAUUUUGCAGGUUUUCCUACUUACAAAGCAUGUAGAGGUCUGUAAUUUAUUCAUGGGUACACUUCAACUGUGAGAGUCGGAAUCUAAAACAAAACAACAGAAAAUCACACUGUAUGAUUUUUAAGUAAUUAAUUUGCAUUUUAUUGCAUGACAUAAGUAUUUGAUCACCUACCAACCAGUAAGAAUUCCGGCACUCACAGACCUGUUAGUUUUUCUUUAAGAAGCCCUCCUGUUCUCCACUCAUUACCUGUAUUAACUGCACCUGUUUGAACGUGUUACCUGUAUAAAAGACACCUGUCAAACAGACUGCAACCUCUCCACAAUGGCCAAGACCAGAGAGGGUGUAAGGACAUCAGGGAUAGAAUUGUAGACCUGCACAAGGCUGGGAUGGGCUACAGGACAAUAGGCAAGCAGCUUGGUGAGAAGGCAACAACUGUUGGCGCAAUUAUUCGAAAAUGGAAGAAGUUCAAGAAGACUGUCAAUCACCCUCGGUCUGGGGCUCAAAUCAAAUCAAAUGUAUUUAUAUAGCCCUUCGUACAUCAGCUGAUAUCUCAAAGUGCUGUACAGAAACCCAGCCUAAAACCCAAAACAGCAAGCAAUGCAGGUGUAGAAGCACGGUGGCUAGGAAAAACUCCCUAGAAAGGCCAUAACCUCGGAAGAAACCUAGAGAGGAACCAGACUAUGUGGGGUGGCCAGUCCUCUGCUGGCUGUGCCGGGUGGAGAUUAUAACAGAACAUGGCCAAGAUGUUGAAAUGUUCAUAAAUGACCAGCAUGGUCCAAUAAUAAUAAGGCAGAACAGUUGAAACUGGAGCAGCAGCACGGCCAGGUGGACUGGGGACAGCAAGGAGUCAUCAUGUCAGGUAGUCCUGAGGCAUGGUCCUAGGGCUCAGGUCCUCCGAGAGAGAGAAAGAAAGAGAGAAUUAGAGAGAGCACACUUAAAUUCACACAGGACACCGAAUAGGACAGGAGAAGUACUCCAGAUAUAACAAACUGACCCUAGCCCCCCGACACAUAAACGACUGCAGCAUAAAUACUGGAGGCUGAGACAGGAUGGGUCAGGAGUUUGCCAAUGACCAUCUGGAUGAUCCAGAGGAGGAAUGGGAGAAGGUCAUGUGGUCUGAUGAUACAAAAAUUGAGCUUUUUGGUCUAAACUCCACUCGCUGUGUUUGGAGGAAGAAGAAGGAUGAGUACAACCCCAAGAACACCAUUCCAACCGUGAAGCAUGGAGGUGGAAACAUCAUUCUUUGGGGAUGCUUUUCUGCAAAGGGGGCAGGACGACUGCACCGUAUUGAGGGGAGGAUGGAUGGGGCCAUGUAUCGCGAGAUCUUGGCCAACAACCUCCUUCCCUCAGUAAGAGCAUUGAAGAUGGGUCAUGGCUGGGUCUUCCAGCAUGACAACGACCCGAAACACACAGCCAGGGCAACUAAGGAGUGGCUCCGUAAGAAGCAUCUCAAGGUCCUGGAGUGGCCUAGCCAGUCUCCAGAUCUGAACCCAAUAGAAAAUCUUUGGAGGGAGCUGAAAGUCUGUAGUGCCCAGUGACAGCCCUGAAAUCUGAAGGAUCUGGAGAAGGUCUGUAUGGAGGAGUGGGCCAAAAUCCCUGCUGCAGUGUGUGAAAACCUGGUCAAGAACUACAGGAAAUGUAUGAUCUCUGAAAUUGCAAACAAAGAUUUCUGUACCAAAUAUUAAGUUCUGCUUUUCUGAUGUAUCAAAUACUUAUGUAAUGCAAUAAAAUGCAAAUUAAUUACUUAAAAAUCAUACAAUGUGAUUUUCUGGAUUUUUGUUUUAGAUUCCGUCUCUCACAGUUGAAGUGUACCUAUGAUAAAAAUGACAGACCUCUACAUGCUUUGUAAGUUGGAAAACCUGAAAAAUCGGCAGUGUAUCAAAUACUUGUUUUCCCCACUGUACAUACAUACAUACAUACAUACAUACAUACAUACAUACAUACAUACAUACAUACAUACAUACAUACAUACAUACAUACAUACAUACAUACAUGUUAUGUGUGUGUAUGUAUGUAAACAGUAUGCCUAUUGUUAUUACCUUGUGACUGAUUUGCCAAAGGGUGGAGCUUUGAGAACACUAAUGUUCUUUUGAAGUUUUGAUUUAAGAUUUUAAACCACAAAUUAAAGGGAAUGUGAAUCAAA